CCAGGAAGCUGGGCACCGCAGGCCUCGCACCCGCAACGGCUUUCGGAGGGUGUCGCGUGCCCUGCGCCUAUUCACUCGAAGGCGCGCGCCCCAGCCACAGCGAUUGAGCCCCCGGACUUAUCUGGGAAGGAGUUCCGGACAGGCCCAGGCGCUAGGCUAGAACGGUGGGCUCGCCCAGAAAGGCCUGGGAUCCCCUGAGAAGGGAUACGGAGUGACCGGUGAUGAGCCUAUGGGGCGCAGCUGACAGUCCGGGAGCAAUGGAGGGGGAGGGGAGUGAGCGGAGACGCAGCAGGAAACGCCCGGGUCUUGGCCAGCCGGGUCAGUCUGGGGGCGCUAUGGAGGGGAAGGACGAGGCGGUGCCUGGCUGGGGUGCUGGGCUUGCUCACCUUGCGCUGGCGGCACGCCCCGCGGGGAGUUGCGGGGAGGGGAGCAGAAUCCGCGGGCCUUGGGAUUCCGGGACCGCCCUCUCCGGAUCCAGGAUCAGCGGCGAGCGGCAACGACGGCUAGAACCACAGUGGCAGUAUGAGAGCUGCCGCCACAGCUCCACGCUUGCGGACUUGCGGCCAGCGGCGGCUGCUCUGUCUGCGCGCUCCAUGGGGGCGCCGUGGGGCCCGGUGGCCUGCCGGCGGCGCGGAGCGUGGGGUCUGCAGCGGUCCACUUCAGCGCUGGCAGCUGCAGGCCUGCUGUGCACAGUCCUGGUUGCUUACGCCUCCUGGGGGCAGCUCCCGCCGCUGCCCUGGACCUCUGACGCCCCUCCGCAGCCAGUGGGCGUGCUGCUGUGGUGGGAGCCCUUCACUGGGCGCAGUAGGGACACAAGGCCGCCCCCCGACUGCUGGGUGCGCUUCAACAUCAGCGGCUGCCGCCUGCUCACCGACCGUACCACUUUUGGAGAAGCUCAGGCUGUGCUUUUUCACCACCGAGACCUUGUGAAGGAACCCCUGGACUGGCCUCCGCCCUGGGGCGUCUGGGUGCGCUCAGCAGAGGAGCUGGAGCUGCGGGUGUUGGACGCGGAGAUCUCCAAAGCCCUGACCGCCUCGGGCCCCAGGCCUCCGGGACAGCGCUGGGUGUGGAUGAACUUUGAGUCGCCCUCCCACUCCCCGGGGUUACGAAGCCUGGCAGGUAACCUGUUCAACUGGACACUCUCCUACCGGGCCGACUCAGAUGUCUUUGUGCCUUAUGGCUAUCUCUACCCCAGGACCCAUCCCAGCGACCAGCCACAAGGCCUGGUACCCCCGCUGGCUCGGAAACGGGGGCUGGUGGCCUGGGUGGUGAGUAACUGGGAUGAGCGCCAGGCCCGGGUUCGCUACUACCACCAGCUGAGGCAGCACGUGUCGGUGGACGUGUUUGGCAAGGGCGGGAACCGGAGGCCGGUGCCUGACAUUGGCCUUUUGCACACCGUGGCCCGCUACAAGUUUUAUCUGGCCUUCGAGAACUCGCAGCAUCAGGAUUAUAUCACUGAGAAGCUCUGGCGCAACGCGUUCCUAGCUGGGACCGUACCAGUGGUGCUGGGCCCCAACCGUGCCAAUUACGAGCGCUUCGUGCCCCGAGGUGCCUUCAUCCAUGUGGACGACUUCCCUAAUGCCUCUUCCCUAGCUGCCUACCUGCUCUUCCUCGACCGGAAUCCAGCAGUCUACCGUCGUUACUUCAUUUGGCGCCGGAGCUAUGCCGUGCACAUCACCUCUUUCUGGGACGAGCCUUGGUGCCGGGCCUGCCAGGCUGUGCAGAGGGCCUUGGACCGACCCCAGAGCAUACGCAACUUGGCUCGCUGGUUUGAGCGGUGAAGCCAUACGCUGGGUUACACCCAGGGGGGUCAAGUCAUCAGCGUUUAGAUCCUCUGCCGUGCAUCGCCUUGAAUGACAAAUCAUGAAACUAAGUUUUACUAACGGGAUUAAAGGUGAUUUGCCAAUUUAAUUCAGCACAGAGACUGGGCGGGUAAGAUCCAGUUCCGUUCUUAAUAUUGUUUGGGCAACUAGCAGUUGGGCUCCCUCUUCAGGAGUGAAGGGGGCCCUUCCCGUCAUUAUAACUAACCAGUGUAGAGAUGAAGAAAUUACUUGACUACAAGAAGCCAUUGAGUCAGUUGGUCUGAAUUUCCUCAUCUGCCACAAGUCAUAUUUGUGGCCUGUGCUGAGUACAAUGUCAUACACACUGUUCCUCCUUUCACAUUUCAUUGGGCCCAUGGGCAGCAAACCCCUAGUUUUAGAAAGAGCCUUGCUAUGAAUGGGACUGUGGCCGCAAGAGGUUCUUUCUCCUUCUCAGCUGCUAACAAAGGUGAGGAGGUCCUCCAAGAAUCCAUUGGCCAUAAUAUUGGUUCGCCUGCUCCAUCAAUGGAAACAAGAUGCUGGAUUGUCCCUGGAGAAGAGUUAAGAUGAGUGUAUGUGUAUCUCUCUGCACAAAUGUAUUCCUGAGAAGCUGCUUUUCAAUCACACCCUGAAUCCACUGCCCUAGGGGUAGUUCAGUAUUUAAUGAAACCUCAUGGAGACUCCCUUUACGAUGUGAAUAAUCAUACCCUAACUAAUUUCUUGUCUAUUUUUUCUAUAACCUGGAUUUUUAAAAACACAUAUUAAAAUUACAGAUGUGAAAAUUAAUCAGAAGCAAACUUCUCCCCUCUUGCCAGAAACACAGACUCUGUUUAUAGAUAAAAUAGGAAGCCACAGUGCCACUUUCCACAAAAUUACUUAUUUUGUGUCUACUGGACAUGAAAUUUAAACUGGAAUAUCCUCUAGGGAUGCUGGCAUUACUUGUCUGCAGAACAAUGAAAGAGAUUGUACUGUAUUAUGGAAUCAUCACUGUGUCUGUUAAUAGCAGUGUUUGUUUCUAUCUGUCAGUUUGUUGUUAAAUGUUUAGUUGCUAGGGAAUAGAACUAAAUUAGUGUCUGUGAUGUUCCUUUGUCUUUGGUUAGAGGUUAAACCUGCAAUUCUUCCUGGGGCCAGCAGGUUUCCCUCCUUGUUUGCAUAGUAGAACACAGAGCUGCACAUUUCCAAUGCUCUUGAGACUGUACCUGGGACCAUUUGAAAAUAGAUGCAUUGACUUUAACAGCGGUUUGAGCAGCAUGUUCAAUAGGUGUUACUGUGUGCCUACUCUGUGCCAAACAACUGGACUUGGGGUGCCACAGGAAAGACAAAAAUAUGUAAGGCAAUGUCCCUCUCUUUGAAGCUCUUAAAGUCUACCACUGCCAAUAAGUAAUCAGUGAACUUUGGUACAUUAACUGACAGAACCUAUUUGUUUAAAGUGACUUUCUUAGUGAUAUAGAUCAUAAAUGAAUUAUUAGAAAGCCAGUUGAUUUACAGCCUGAAAUAAUAGUUUAUAUUUCUUUUUGAUUUAUUAUAAUAAAGAUUCUCCAUGACUAAUUAUUGUGGGUAGGGUCCAAGAUUAAUUAGGUUCACACAGGGUUCUGCUGCAAAUAGUAAUUUUGCAUUUGACUACUACAAUUAGCUGAAUCAUAGUUUUAUUUCUGCAUUUGUUGUAGACUCACUAAAAGCUCAUUAAAAUCCAGAAAGUGCUCCAAUUCUCUUUAUCCUUAAAAGGAAGAAUUAAAGUCUGUGAAUAAAAUGUCCUUAUUAAAAUACUAUAGCAGGGACAGAAUUACAAUGAUAAAGUAUCAGCCAGCCAAUAAAGAAACAGGAAAAAUUCUAUCCUUAAAAUGAGUAUUUAUGAGAUAUUGGCCAAUGAUCUUAGUUUUAUUGAGAAUCUACCUGGGGCAGUGAAAGAGAGUUUGGGUUUUGAAGGUAAUCUGGCUUAGAUUUGAAUUCCAGCAGUGUGACUUCAGGCAAAUUAGUAAUGACCCUGAGCUUCAGUUCCCUUAUCUGUGAAAUGGGGGAGGAAAAUACUUCAGAGCUCAUUGUGAGCAUUUCAGGAAACAAAAUAGGUAAAGGUGGUCACUCAGUCCGUAAGGAAGAGAUUUAUUUAUUUUUCCUUCUUUCCCUAUAAUGAUCUCAGGGUGUGUUCAUAUCUAUUUACAUGUUAAAAUGAAAUUUUAAGGUAUGUUAUAAAAUAUAUCCCACAUAAACAGGGCCUCCUAUCAUGUAUCUCAAAUGAGUCCUUAAAGCUAAGCCUAUUAUUUCAAAAGUCAUCAUUGCAAUUUAGGUUGAAUUUGAAUUUGCAGACUAUGGACACACCUACACUUUGUUCAAAAAAAAUGGUUUUGUCAAAUAAAUUUUAAAAUUAUCAGGAAUUUUUAAGAAAAAGAUUAUAAGAGAAAGAACUGAAUCUUGUAAGAUUAUUUCUAUCCUGUGUCAAAGAAAUUAAAAAGCAGUAAAUAAGGGUAUUAAAUCUGUGAUGACAGUACAUGACAAUGACAUGUUGCAAACAACUCUGUGUGGCAGUAUGAACUGGCUCCGGCACUUGUGCCACACGUGACAGCCUAACACGCUUUCAUUUCCCCCUCAGCAGGUUUUCAGAUUUUCUUAUGUCAUUGACUAUGAAAAGCACAAUCAUCUCACAAACUGCUUUUGAAUUGAGAUUUGAUGUAAUCUGCCCAGAAUUUUAGCUUGAUUUUAAGACUCGGAAGUGAAAUAGAAUUCCAAGCAAAAAAAAAUUGUUUGGUUUUGGUUAAGUUACAUAGUUAAAUAAGUAACUAUUACUUUAUUAAUGUUCUCCUUAGUAUUGUCUGUUUAAAACUAACCACAUAUUUUUCAUAUUCCUAAUUGAGCAGGUUAAAUUUUCACAAACAUUGAUACAAAAUGCAUAUAAAUGCAUCAUAUAGAUUUCAAAAUGUCUUCUAGGGUUGUCGUGUCCUUCCUUUAACAUAUAAGCUUUUCUUUACACUUAUUACAAGUUUAAUAUUUUUAGCACUUGAUGACUCUAAUUGCAUGAGUGCCCCUGGAAUGGUAUUUGCAUCAGGAAGACAAUCUGACUGGCUUUCAGUACUCACAGGUGCUUCCAGUUUCCAAGUCCUUCCCUGGCAGUAAUUUACAGGAGACAGCGUGGCCUCAUGGAAAGAGAUUGCAAUUUGGAGUCAGAACCUGGAUAUGGGGUUCUGUCACACUCUCUGCCCCUGUGGCCUUAUUAGGCACGGCCUAAUUAAACUCUGAGUUUUAAGCUUCCUCCUUUAUAAUACAUGAAUGCCCCUACAAAACAAGGAUUAAAUGCAAUGAUGUGCACCAGGGAGCUGCAUACAUCGUAAAGUGCUGUACAGUUACAGAAUGCUCUACAUUUUCAAGGCUCUAGGCCAGAAAGUAAAUAUGUCAGAUCUUGCAGGCCAUACAGUCUCUGCUGCCACUACUCACCUAAGCUGUUGUAGUACAGAAUCAGCCAGUGACAACACAUAAACAAAUUCAGUGCCUGGAUUUGGCCUGAGUCAUAGUUUGUCAACUCAGUUCUAGACUUUUAGAGGUAUAAGGAAUUUGAGAACCUAUAUGGUGGGGGUUUCUUAGGAGGGAUUUAGAGAUUGUAAUUUAAAAUUUUUAGAGGCAGAUAUCCCGGCAAGAGACCAGUCCUGCAAGAUUUCUUAAUUGUCUUAUAUUGGGCAAAUUAUUUAAGCUUUCUGUGUUUUGAUAUUCAUCGCUAGUUGCAGGUAAUCAUAUAUGAUUUAUACAGGCAUUGGGAGAAUUAGAGAAGACACACUUAAAGUACUCUGUACAGUGUCUGGCAUGUAGUAAGCACCUGGCAGAUGUUAACUGUGGUAUCACCAGUCCCGUUUUACAGAAGAAGGAGCUGAGGUCCACACCCAUUGUAGGACUCACCUAGGGUUGCAGCAGUAGUGGCAGAAGCAGCCAUGCUUGUGCAAGUCACAACUGCUUUGAGCCUCAGUCACUUGAACUGCAAAAUGAGGGGGUUAUACAAGGUCUUUUCUUGGGACCAACAGUUCCAGUUGCUAUCGUUCUACUAACUGGUACCCUAAGGCUCUGAGAACCAAUUCACCUUCUAAUGUGCCUUCCUUGCAGCCUGUAAAUGACUUACUGCACAGCAGUAAAUUGCCGGAAAAGCAGGCACCAGAGAGGGAGAUUCUGAUUUAGUGUCGCAUACUUUAGAUAUCAGGGAAGGGAGCCAAGUCCUUGGUGUUUAGUGCAGUGAAUAAUUGCAUCGAAUACAUUUCAAGUCAUUCUUGAUUAUGUCUCAGGGACUUUUAUGUGACACGUUCUUAUAACAAAUCAAUAAUUUAUGUAUACAUGUUCGGGUUAUUUUGACAAAAUAAAAUAAUGAGAUGGAAACCAACUCUUUGUUUAUAAUGUGUAUGCACAGGCAUUAAUG